UAAGGCCGGACAACGCGCGGAGCGAUAUUUUCGGGUUUUGAGAAAUCCCACGUUUAGCGUGAGAUAUUUCUUAUAUUUUUCGUCAUAAUUUCGUGUGGAGCGUAGCGGUAGUCGAUAGUUUUCCUCGGGGAUUUCGCGUGGACUGACCUGUGGAAAAGGUGGCGGUUGGAUAAUUUUCGCCUACUCCGUUUCCGUGAGAAAGAAGAAAAAACACACAAAUUGUAAAGCCGCUUCUGAGUGACGAGGAUAAUUCGGAUUUGUUUCCAUGGUGAUGGUGAUAAUGGGAUUUUCCAUCCGAGUAGGCGAGGUGCUUGAAAACACGAAUGCAUUCAUGGCAUACUAAUUUCCUAGUGCUCCGUGCCGUGGUCGAAAAAGUGUCAAGCACGUUACCCAGGAAAAUCGUGGUGAGGAAUCUAACACAGCGCCCUUAGGCAUCGCCUCCUAUGCUGGAGAGAACUUUUCAGGUGUUUUCCGGCGAAGUUGGGGUGAAUAAAUAAAAAAAAAUCUCAUACCUUGUCAGCGGAGAAGAUUUUGCCGGGAAAACUUUGCUGAAGUGUCAUCAGUUCUGGAAUUCGGUAAAAUUGUGAUCUCCAUUCUACGGCAAGGGCUUCCAGCUGGAUGAUACGUGCAACUGGUGCCGGUGGCGAAUUAUGAGCCGAGGAAGAAGAAUGGCUUUUGCAAUGUAAACGAAAGAUGUUUGCUGAUGGAAAAGUAUUUUCGAAGAAAAAUGUUUUCGUGAGCGAGCGCCGGUGGUGGUGAUUAGUAUAAAAGUGUAUGGCGAGUUUUGAGCAUCGGGUCUCUUAGUGUGAGAAAUAGUCAAUAUCCAUUUAGAAAACUUCAUGAGCAAGUAUUUGAUUUGCUCUCGUUUUGUUCAUCCAUCGAUGUGGUGGUCGCGAUUCCAAAAAUAACAUUCGAAAUAUACACAGAUCGGUUUUCGGUAAAAUCCGCUGCGAACGCGGUUUUCCCGACUUUAUAUCGGGAGAAGAAGGGGAAUACCGAUUUAUGAGUAAACGUGUAUGAAGCUGCGCUUGGAGAAACGAGAGAAACGACAAGUACUCACCUUUUUGUUUGUUUUGCCUGGGUGUUUUCAUUUCAAAUAAACGAGUUAAUUAGCGGUUGAUUAACAGCCAGCUAUCAAAAUCAGAUUGCAAACAAACACCUCUAACAGGCAGCAGGCAGAUACAUCUGUAAAAUUGGCUCCAGCCUUCAAAGCGUACGGCCGCCAUCAAGAAGGACAAUGUCGACUCGCCGUGCAGGACCUCCUCAAGGCCCACCGAUGCCAGCCCAGCUUCCGGUUCCGUACGAGAACGAGAAGAAGCAGCGCAGCAAAUGCAUGUCCUUCGUGUGCUUUAUGUGGAAGCUGUUUACAUGCAUUUUCUCCCACGUGACUUUGGUGGCCAUGGUGGUCGCAUACUGCUUUCUGGGCGCCUUCACCUUCGAACACUUGGAAGCCGAAAACGAGCGAAACGUGAAGAAAGGCAUCAGUUCGAUUCGAGUCAACCUAACGGAUGCAAUUUGGAAAAUGACCAAUGACAAACCGGUUCUUCAUCAUCAUAACUGGACGGAAGCCGCCAUCAUCCAUCUUCAGUCCUUUGAGAAAGAAAUUCUGACUGCGAUGAAAAAGGAUGGCUGGGAUGGAAUUGAAGACGUCGACCAAAUCCAAUGGACGUUUUUCGGAGCUCUGUUCUAUUCAAUUAUUGUCAUCACCACAAUAGGUUAUGGACACAUUGCACCGAAGACGCAUAUGGGUAAAAUAUCGACGAUAUUUUACGCCAUCCUGGGAAUCCCUUUGAUGCUGCUUUGUCUGUCCAAUAUAGGUGAUAUUAUGGCCAGCUCGUUCAGGUUCCUCUACUGGCGGGUUUGCUGCUAUGUGUGCACCCGGGAACCGAAACGAUCCAAUUCCCGCCGCAGUCGGAGUGGCCGGGGCACCGUUCGACAAGGACGAAGCUCGAUGCGUUCACAGCCAGGGCAAGGCUCCAGCAUCCGGCGGUCGGUUCGGAACUCUCAACGGUCGGCCGAUUCUGGUUUCGAUCCCUUCUACGAACCUGGAAUGGCCCACGCGUACUCUGAUACGGACUGCAGGUAUAACGAUGGCAUUUACUAUCCGGACGCUGACCGAGGCAUGCACCGAUCUAUGAAUGUUCCUCCACCGCAUUAUUCUAGCCAGAAUGUGGCGGGAGGUCGGGGCGGCGACCGAUUCCGAGAUCCGAGGGCACAAAUGGACCGGGAGCGCGUUUAUAUGGACCAAAUGGAUGGUUAUGGUGAUGAGGAAUUUUUGUCCACUCCCCAACAAAUGAAGCGCCAUAUGCGAGCUGAAUCGAUUGGACGAGAUAUGGGUCAUAACAGGGGAUCGCAAAAUUCGCGAAAUUCCGAUGGCAAUUACCCGGGAGGCUAUAGGAAUAGCAUGCAAAAAUCACCAGUUUUCUCAGCAGCUGCAAACAGGGCACAAUCGUUGGACCGCCGCAUGUUCCGCCGUGAUCCACAAAUGGUUGACUUUGACGAAGAGGUUGGUCCCGGUAAGACACCCAUUCUGUGUAACAAAUAUGCCCUGGAGGAGAUGGAAGAAAGGAGCAGUCCCGGUGGGCCACGUGGCGGAACAGGAAAUGACCGCCGAUCACCGAUUAACCCUCGCAGUCAAUCAAUGCCUCGCCAAUCACGAUACGGAGACCGUUUGAUGCCGGACCGAAUGCCUUACUAUAACGAGGAAAACGAAAUGGCAAUGCAAGCCGCUCGGAAGCAACCGCCGCCCCAUCCGGCCGUGGGAAGAAGACGUGAAAUGCGCCCUGUGCCAUCGCCAUCACCACGCAUAAUGUCUCCCAUGGGAUUUGCGGUCCACCGACAAGCGCGUCAUCUCCAGAACGUAAUCGAUGACAGUUCACUGUAUGACGAAGACUGGGACAUCCGCAGCGGGGAGUUGCCGCCCUCUUCCAUCGUCCGCCCGGUGCCCAUCUGGCUGUGCGUCUUUCUAGUUGUCAGCUACAUCAUUGCCGGGGCUUUCAUGUUCUCCAAAUGGGAAGAGUGGUCUUUCCUCGAUUCGGCUUAUUUCUGUUUCAUCACACUAACCACCAUCGGAUUCGGCGAUUUCGUCCCGGCGCAAGGAGUGAAAAACGAUUCGGAAAUUUCCAUCGCCCUGUGUUCGCUGUAUUUGCUCUUCGGUAUCGCACUGCUGGCUAUGAGCUUCAACCUGGUGCAGGAAGAAGUUAUCUCCAACGUGAAAAGCGUGGCUCGAAGGCUUGGCAUUCUCAAGGAGGAAGAGGUGGACGAUUGAAAAACUUCCUUGAUUCUACCUUUUAUUUUUUCUGCGUGAGCGGAGGCCAAUCCAACCAGGUCUGCGAGGGACUUGACUACGGAAGACAGCUUAAGAAAGUGUUUUCUUUUAUCUUUCCUCGCGGCAUUUGUUUGUUUGAUUCGACUUUCAGUAUGGUUUUAUAUAUUUUCCGACUAUGAACAUUUAUUUUGAUAAUUUAGAUAACAAAAAGUGCAG